CCGACCUUGAGAUCUAGAAGCGGUGCUUUAGUGUUUAACGUUACCAUCAUGGUGUUAGACUUGGAUCUUUUCAGAGUCGAUAAAGGAGGUGAUCCUGAACUUAUUCGUUCCAAUGAGAUCAAAAGAUUCAGAGGUACCAAACGUGUCGAUUUGGUACUAGAGGCGGAUGAGAAUUGGCGGAAAGCACGUUUCAGAGCUGAUCAUUUAAAUAAAGUAAAAAACUUCUGCAGCAAAGCUAUUGCUAGGAAGAUUAAAGAAAACAAAGACAGUCCGGAUAUCGAGUCUAAUUUGUUUGGUGAUGUAUUUGAUCGCCUCGACUCCCUUGUGGAAGCUGAUUUACAGUCCUUGAGUGUAGCACAGUUAAAGUCGUUGUCCUGUCUUAUUGACGAAGAAAUAAAAAGAAAUGCAGUUUUUGUAACUGAGUUCGAGUCUGUAAGACAGCAGCAAUUGUAUGAAAUUGGUAAUCUCCUACACCCAGACGUACCGAUAAGCAACAAUGAGGAAGAUAAUUUGGUUAUUCGAACUUUCGGAAAGAGCGAUUUUCGAAAACCUUUAUCUCAUGUCGAUUUAGUGAUAAUGGUAGAUGGUUUCGACGGUGAACGUGGAAGUACAGUAGCUGGAGGUCGUGGAUAUUUCCUAAAGGGGCCGCUUGUUUUCCUGGAACAAGCAAUCAUAAACUUGGCACUACGAAUGCUAGAUGAACGUGGUUAUACGCCACUGUACACUCCAUUUUUUAUGCGCAAGGAGGUUAUGCGAGCAGUCGCUCAAUUAAGUCAAUUUGACGAAGAAUUAUACAAAGUUACUGGCCGUCGUGAACUCAACGCCACAACCAAUCAUGAUUCACAAGCAAAUGAAAAUGAAGAGGAAGAGAAAUAUUUGAUUGCAACAUCCGAACAACCAAUCGCUGCAUUUCAUCAAGAUGAAUGGUUACCCAUUGAUCAAUUACCGAUUAAGUAUGCAGGGAUCUCGACUUGUUUCAGACAAGAAGUUGGUAGUCAUGGUCGUGAUACUCGCGGAAUAUUUCGUGUUCAUCAGUUCGAAAAAGUUGAACAGUUUUGCAUUACUAGUCCGCACGAUAAUCUGUCAUGGGAGAUGUUUGAUCAUAUGAUUUCUAACGCUGAAGCAUUUCAUCAGGCUCUGAAGUUGCCUUAUCGUGUUGUUUCCAUUGUAUCGGGUGAGCUAAACAAUGCUGCAUCAAUGAAGUAUGAUUUGGAAGGUUGGUUCCCUGGGUCUGGAGCUUUCAGGGAACUCGUAUCUUGUAGUAAUUGUUUGGACUAUCAAUCUCGACGGUUAGCAAUUCGUUUCGGUCAAACAAAAAAAAUGAAUAAAAGUGUUGAAUAUGUACAUAUGCUCAAUGCAACGAUGUGUGCGACCACUCGAGUUAUUUGUGCGAUUCUAGAGAAUUAUCAAACAGAACAUGGAAUUAUUGUACCUGAUGUUCUAAAAUCAUUCAUGCCCAAAAAAUAUCAGAAGUUUAUACCGUUCAAAGGACAUGAGGAUAAAAUACCUUUCAGCAUUGAUGAUGUACCAGAGACAAUUCACAAUUCAUCCAAUACAAAAUUUCACGAUGAAACAUCGUUCAAUCAGCUAAAUGAAAGAAUAAGUGUUUUAACUGGAGCCACAGAAUCUGGUCUCGUUAAUGCUAUUUCUCAGAUAUCUGAAGUUCAAAAACGAAUUGAAGAUACGUUAAAUACACUAAGUUUAGUCACCACAAAUAAUCACGUUGAAAAAGAUGUCUGUGACAAAAAAUGUGCUGUUGUUCAUCCUGUCGAAGAUUCUGUAGAAGAUAAAAAUGAUCUUGAAGUUGAAAAUAAGGAUACAAUUGAUAAUGAGUCUGUGAGUUUACAAUCAAAUACUCCAGAACCAACUGAUUCUAAGAAGAAACGAAAGAGGAAACCGAAAAAGAAACAGUCGGAUUAGAAUUUGAUUUUACUGUGGUGCUCAGUCAAUAUUGCAUAUUAAUGAUUUGUUGUAUUGACUCACACUUGCAUAUGAAUAUAAAUUUUGACUGUGGUGUUAUUUAAACAUGAAAAUUUCCUUAAUAGUCGGUUCGAUGGUUUGCGCAUGGUGUUUUCAGUCAUAUAUGUCAGUUAGCUAAGUUUAUUAUUCUGUUAAAUUUUUGAAAUUAGAUUUCUGUUAUCAAGAUAUUUAUGCAUAUAUUACUUCUGAAGUUUGGAAAAAUUAGGAUCCAUUUUUCUACGUUAUAAUUAAAGCACAAAUUGAAUUUAGAUAAGGUUUUAUUUUAAGCCAAAAUAUUAAAUGCCCUUAACUCAGUUUGAUUCAUGUUUCUGUAAUAGUUGGUUUAAUAUAAUCCAAGGUGCUAUUUGAAGAAACCUAUGAGUCGCACCAGUGCACGGUGGUUUUGAUCUAUUCCAUAGUUUUGAUAUACUACCUAGAAAUAAUUUGAGGAGAAUUACUUACGUCAGUUAAUUUUUUACUUUAUGAAUAAUCUAUGUAUUUUGUACACAUGUUACGCUAGUAUAUUGUCGUUAACAUCUACGAUUAUAGUUUUUUGUCUGUUACUCUGUUUAUAUGUAUUCAUUCAUUUGCUCCUGAUCAAUGUGAACGACAUACUGAAAUUUUUAAGAAGACACAUCAACUUUUGUUUAAAGCUUCUGAGAAGCAUUCAGCUUUUGACUUAAAUAGAGAAAAGAGUCUGAUGUUUUUAAAUAAAAACUUUACAUCUGUUUAUCAUUGAUAAAUAUAUUGUAUACGUUUCAUGAAAAUGUAGUACUGAUUUCUUAAUUCAAAUAAUUACUGCAGGCUAUGUAUUACACCUCAUGAAAUACUGUGAAAUAAGUUGUGUUUCAGUAAUGACUGUUUACAUGAGAU